UGCCAACCCCUCGUCCCUCGCGCACUUGUUGGGCGGGAGAGCCUGGGCAGUACAGUACGAAGUACUUCGGCAGGGUCGUCACGUGAUGGCGCGUAAUCGGCGACGCGACCCUAUCGCGAAGUCACUUUGUGAAGCGGCCCCUGCCUCGACGACCACCAUCCCAGCGCGGAGAACCAGUCCAGCAGCACGCAUCCGCAGCUACCUAGGCGGGCAGGUAGGCAAUGGACAUUGCCCGCGGCGCCCGUCGCGCCCGUCAUGUCGCCGCCAAUGCCGCCGCCGCCACUACCAAUGCGACCCCAGGCGCCGGGACAAAUCGCCCCUCAGGCGAUGAUGAUGAUGAUAACGAUGAUGUGGCGGUGACGCCAGCAGCAGCCCGGGCAGCGCGUCCCGCCGCUGCUGCAGCGCUACCACCACGGGCACUGGCAGCUACGACAACGCCCGACAACGGCAACGCCAAUGGCAACGGCCGCGGCAACAGCUACGGCCUCGACGAGCAGGAGCAGCCUCGCCGCCACCAGCGCGAGCCCCCCGCCCUGAAUCGCGCCAUGAGACGCGCCGCCGUUGAUGCAGCUGCGGCGGCGACGGCCGUGGCCCAGCAGCUGGAGCCGCACCACCACCGCACGCCUGAGCAGGCCCGUCACCACCAACCCCACCAUCACCGCAAUCAUCACCAUCAUCGCGUGCGCCAGCAUGCAUCACCACCCGCCGCUGCUGGGCCGCCGCCCCCGCAUCCCUUUCGUCUCCACCGGUGUAAGUGAACACGACGCCUUGUUUUUGAUAUAGUAUAUUAUCCAGCCACGGCGCGUUUGCGGGCAGUCCCAAUUCCAGGCGAGAGUCGUCGCCCAAGCGGGCAUCCAUCCCGGCGCGGACUCGCCCAGAAAGGUAGCGCCUUUCGCUGAACAGGCAAAGGCGGCAGCGGCCUCGCCAAUUGCCACUUGCCAAUGCCCAGCCCGACCACCAAUCUCGCCUUGAUUAAUUACACGGAUUCAUGAAUCCAUUGUUCAGCCUUCGUUUGCUCGGGAAUUGGCCCAGGAGUUCAACCUCUGCAUUCGCCCACGCCCGCGGCGCCUGCUCCGCAAACCUGCCCUUCUCCAUCGUCCUGCACACACCACGUUCACUCUCAUUUUUCGCACACUCCUUUGCCGCUGCCUUCACUCGUUUACAAACCUUCGGGUUCGCCAUCUUAUUUGCAAGCCUCGUGUUGAUGAUCCUUCUGCAUCAUGUUCUACGCACCCAACGCCGGACCGACUCCGCCGUCUAGCCCUCCAUCGGUCGACGUGACCUCGCCCGUUCCAAUUUACCAGGAUCCCGAGGAGCGCGUCUCUCGCCUCCCGCUGCAGGAACUGUCCAUCACACCCUUUGGGGACGUGGCUACGCAUCGAGGACCUUCGUCCCGGCCCAUGCCCUCCAUUGACAAGGAAAACUACUCGGCCCUGAGAUCGGCCCUCGACCACCGCGAGCAAGUGCUUGUCCAGCGAACCGAGGACGUGGCCCACGCCCUCGAUCAGAUGCGCUACUAUCGAAAUUUGCUUCAGCAGUCUCUUGCCGAGUUUUCGUCCGCAUCCUCCGCCGUGGCUGACCCAGACCAACUCUCUGCAGCCGCCCACAUGAGCGCCAACACACGCCUCAGCAUGCCUCUCGAUUCGGACGAGUCCAGCUCCGAGCCGGACCUCAGCGUCCUCGGCAUGGCACGCGCUGGAAACGCCGGCGUGGAUCAUCAGAUGAACACAAUGGCCUACGACGAGGACGAAGUUCUGUCCCAGGAGCAGUACGAGGACACCAGCCUCGAGGAUCCCGCCGAGGAGCACGACGUGGCUCCCCUCUUCGACCCAGCCACGGUCGGUCUCAAGGAGAUUUCGAACCUUGGCAAAUUCACCGUCAGCAGCCACAAGCCCGGCUGUGGUGUCGACGAACUGCGCAGCGACGACCUCAAGAUGUACUGGCAAUCGGAUGGCCCUCAGCCCCAUAAACUCACCAUCUACUUUGUCAAACGGGUCGGCAUUCGUGACAUCCGCUUCUUUGUCGACUACAACGAGGACGAGUCCUACACCCCCACCAAGAUCGUCUUCAGGUCCGGCACGAGCGAGAAUCACCUGAUCGAGUUCGCCACCAUGAACCUCGACAGCCCCGUCGGAUGGCAGCAAGUGCCCAUCGCCGGCGCCGGAGGCGAGCCGGAUGGAAACACCCUCGUCUCCUGGGUGCUCCAGAUGCAGAUUCUCGAGAACCAUCAGAACGGCAAGGACACGCACCUGCGUGGCAUCAAGAUCUACGCCUUUGACGCCGACGCGGCCGCCGGGCAGGAGACGGUCCCCGCGGGCGGCGACGACUCUGACGAGAACGACAAUGACGAUUUCGACGCCAUGGACGUGAGUGCCGACGACGACACGGGCCAAGCUGGCUCUAGCGACAAACUGGGCGACAUUGCCCGGAUUCUGGCCGCGGCCAGACUCGAGUCCGGCGACACUGGACUCACCCUCCCCGACUUUAUGCGCGAGCCGGAAAUCCGUUGAGGAGACAAAGACGGCGCUACAGAGGGGAGAGAGUGAAACGAGCCGGGCAGCGAACGGUGGAAGUGGAGCCAACGUACGUAUACUUUGUACGAAGUCUGGACGAUGCCAUGAUGAUAUGUGCAUGAUCCCAACCAAGGGCGCAAGGACGGUAGGGCCGCUUAAGGCGUUGAUGGAACAUUCGGGAACCCUGUAACACACACGAGCUGCGUCUCUGGAGUUGCAUGUAAUUCUUCAGAGGAUGGAGAUAUGGGGACGAUAUCGGGUUUUGUGUUAGGGCAACGGCCCCAAUAGGAGUGC